AUUUAGCUCCUGUGCAUGGAAAAAGGAUUGAGUGAUCACCAGUCUCCCGAGCAGUCCUCCAUGCCUCCCACAACAAGUCUGGCUUAUGGCUUGGCAGACGAACACAUCUCCGGAGAUCCGUCCAGGAAGCAUUUGGUCUCGUCCGGCAAGCCACCGCUGUAUCUCCGAGAAGAAAGCCCAUCAGCACCAACAACACAAAGAACGUCCUCACCUCAGAUGGAUCAGAGUGACAGGAUCGAGCUCACACAGCUCCCCGCGUUGCAGCGAGGCGACGGCCGCUGGGCAGCAAGUCUGUUGAUCGAGUGCGCAGCAGCAGUCGUCCAGAAAGACGCUGCUCGAGUCCAGCAUUUCAUGUGGAUGCUCAACGAACUUGCUUCUCCAUACGGGGACUUCGACCAGCGGCUAGCAUCGUGCUUCCUCCAGGGACUCUUCUGCCGGAUCACCGGGACGGGCUCCCGCCAACACCGAGUGCUGUGCUCCGCGGCGGAGAGACAGUGCCUCUUCGAUCCAAUGCGCAAGAUGAUGCUCAAGUUCCAAGAGAUGAGCCCCUGGACAACUUUCGGUCACGUCGCGGCCAACGGAGCUCUUAUGGAAGCCGUGGAAGGCGAGUUUCGCGUCCACAUCCUGGACGUGAGCAGCACCAUGUGUACCCAGUGGCCGACUUUGCUGGAAGCUCUUGCCACCCGCUCGGACGGAGCUCCACACCUGAGACUGACGAGCAUUCUGGUAAGCUCCGAGGAGGCGGUCGUCAAAGUCAUGACCGAGGUCGGUGCUCGCCUCCGAAAGUUUGCAAGGCUCAUGGGAGUCCCGUUCGAGUUUCGGCUCCUCCAGCAGCCGGAGCUCGAGCUGCUCGACGUCGCUACCAUCCAGCCUCGAGCCGGAGAAGCGCUCAUUGUCAACUGUAUUCACUCGCUACACAAUGUGUCCGAGAGGCCGCCUCCUUCUUCCUCGUCUUCCGCUGCUUCUCCACGAGAUCUAGUCCUCAACACCUUCCGGAGCCUGAAUCCCAAGCUCGUGAUCAUCGCAGACGACGAAGCCGACCUCAUAUCUCGAGGAGACUUCAUGAGCCGAUUCGUGGAAGCAGUCCGCUACUAUUCCCUCUUCUUCGAGUCUGUGGAGGAGAGUUUCCCGAGAACGAGCAACGAGAGGCUGAUGCUGGAGAGAAUUGUGUCACGGAAGAUCGUCAACCUGUUAGCCUGUGACGAAGCGAGCAUCUCAGAGAGGCAGGAAAAGAGUAGCCAGUGGGUGAUGAGGAUGCGGAGAGCCGGCUUCGCGCUCGCAAAGUUCAGUGACGAUGUAGCUGAUGACGCUCGGGCGCUGCUCAAGCGGUACAAGGAAGGCUGGGGAUACACCAACACCGACGUUGGCCUCUUUCUCACUUGGAAGGAGCAGCCCACUGUGUUUGCCACCUCUUGGAAACCAUUCUGAGAGCCUGUAUAAAUCCAAAAGAUUUUCCCCCGA